AUUUGGACUGCUGAGACCUCUGAGAAUGUUCAUUCAAAAACAAAGUGAGACCGCAAUGGUUUGAGCCACUUGCGCUUCGGCGUGGAGUUUGCUUGCACAUUGUUGUCUACAAGCCAGUGCAGGAAGCCAUGGACCGCACAUACUUCCCAUCUGUUAUUGUGCUGCUGAUUGUUGCGGCAAGUCUGAGAGGCUGCUGGUCCAAAUCUCCCAACAUCAUUUUCAUUCUUUCUGACGAUCUGGGAUAUGGAGAUGUGAGUAUUUCUGCAAUGGUGAAUCGUACCAAUGAGAUACCCACACCGAACAUUCAGCGGCUGGCUGACGAAGGAAUGAGGUUUCUGCGUGGCUACAGUGGUCAAGUGUGCGCACCGAGCCGCUGCACUCUGAUGACUGGCAAACACCUGGGACAUUGCAGAGUGCGAGGCAACGGCGGGGCAUACACUCCGUUGCGUAAAACUGACGUCACUGUGGCGAGCGUCCUGCGGGAGAAGUACACCACUGGUAUAGUGGGCAAGUGGGGCCUGGGCGAUUUCAACUCAUCUGGGUAUCCACUGGAUCAAGGGUUUGACUACUAUGUGGGUCAAGCCAAUCAGAUCGAUUGUCAUAACUGGUACCCUGAGGUCAUACAGAACAACACAGUCGGAAACUGUCCAGUACCCCUGAACGCUAAUGCAAGUCAAACAACGUGCGGCGAUCACCAUUCUAAAUGUACAUGGGUGAAUGACUUGAUGAGCAGGGAGGCCGUCGACUUUAUCCGCCGAAACGGACAGCCCAGCGCCGCCAAGCCAUUCUUUCUUUACUUCAGCACAACCACACCGCAUACAGGAUUUCUGGCCGGUGACAAAUCGACAUACGCCAUUCCGGCACCGUACGAUUCCCGGUUCCACUAUGCCGAUGACAUGCUGUCAAUGUUUGCCGGCGCAACGAGCGCCCAAGAUGACUUUGUUGGAGCCGUGCUGGAUGAAGUCAAGUCACUUGGCAUCGACCAAGACACUAUCAUAUUCUUCAGCGGUGACAACGGGCCCGACAGCCACCCAUUGGGUUUCUUCGACGACCCGGGUCCGUUCCGUGGAAAGAAGAGGAGUCUGCACGAGGGCGGUAUACGACAGACUAUUGUUGCACGCUGGCCAGGUCACGUCACGCCCAACACGACCACUCAACACAUGUUUGCAUUCUGGGACUUCCUACCGACUGCAGCUGAGCUCGGCGGCAUCAGUAUUCCAGCAGGGAUUGAUGGUGUUUCGGCGGCCCCACUGUUGACAGGACGAGGACUGGAGCAGAAGCCACACGAGUAUCUCUACUGGGAGUUCUGCCACGGUGCACGCAUUAAGGGCCUCCUUCCGCAGCAGUACCAACCCGGCUGGAUUCAAGCGGUGCGCUAUGACGUCAUCGACAAAUAUGACGGCAUCACCGAGUGGAAGGGAAUACGCUCAGACCGGGGUGAAUUGCUGCUCUACAACCUGACCGGUGACGUUUCCGAAACUUACAAUCUAUCUUCCAAGUUUCCCGAUGUCGUGCAGCACAUCGUGUCGAUAAUGGAUGGCGCUCACGUCGAGGAUCCGUACUGGAAGUCCAGCCAGAAUCGCACGGAUAAAUGCUGUGGACAAUGCGGCAGUGAGGCUGGCUGUAAAUAUCCCUGCAUCCUGAUCAACUCAUCAUCGCUUGAUGGAAAGCCACGCGUUAGCCCGCCACUGUACCACAUUGCACCAUACCACCUUGAAGGAACAUGGUAUGCUGUGAGCGAUUACGACGAGAAUAUCACUAGUGAAAAAGAGUUGCAGUCCAUCAGCAUCCAACUCAAGCCAACACAUAAAACACUGACCAUCAGCUCUGCAGACAACUGUUUUCACGAUUCCGUGAUCGUCUUGAAAGCCGAUAGGCAAAGUCGGCAACACCAGGUUCUACUCCAAUCAGGCACAGAUGUGCACACUCAAUGCCAUGGUUACGAGAGAGUUGGCAGUCUCCAUAGAGAUGGAAACACACUCUACAUACACUGGCAUGAUGGCAAAACGGCCGGUUUAUCCUCGUCGCAAUGGGAACACAAGAUCUGGAAAAUGCCCGAUUUUGACUUUGACUAAACUCUACUUCAUUAUUUUGCAUGCACACCUGUUUCAAAAUAUGCAUGUACAGUGUGGUUCAAAAAUAGGUGCCAUGACAUGGUUUUUCGAUUGUCAAGUCACACACCUGGACAUACAACUUAUCGCCUCACGCAAUGCUGCCUCGGUGAUCGAUCGUUGUAAUCGAGAAACGAUCAAAUCCUAGUAUUGCCAAAGAUGUAUUGCCUAUUGGCUCUCAAUCCAUGAUCCUACAUAAAUAUAUUGUCAAACAGUAUUGCAAAUUAAUCAUGACUUUAUAA